AUGGAUGAACCAGUCGUAGGCCCGAGCCCAUCCCAGGAGAUUUCCUUUUUGUCGCCCGAGUCCUUGUCCACUCUCGACGACUACUCCAAGAACCCGCGGUUCAUACAGCUGCAGGAAGAACUACGCGGCGUGUUGUUCGCGCGUGCUUCCGGCGAGAAUGCCCUCACAGACGACGCGCCCGACCCUUCUGGCGAGGCCGCCGAGGACGACACCUCACAGCCGGAGCCUAAACACGGCUUUGACUUUGGUCGCGUGAGCAUACCCAAAAUGAAGCUCAUUCACUACCUCAAGAACUGGAUCGUCGAGUGCGCGCCGUACCUCGACAAGUUUGACGGCGCGCGGCACUUUGCCACGCACGUGCCCGUCAUGGCCGCCCGCUCGCCCGCGCUGCUGUACGCCGUGCUCGCUUUUUCCGCGCGGCAGACGGAGCGCCGCACCAAGUCCACUCAGACGUACGACAGCAUCGAGCUCUACCAGGAGUCGAUCCGGCUGCUGGCGCCGGGCAUGCGGGCGCACGACGCCAACAUGCUCGUGACGGCGUGCAUCCUCGCCGUCAUGGAGCUCAUGUCGGGCAGCCCGCGCAACUGGCGGCGCCACAUUGAGGGCUGUGCGACGCUCUUCGACCUCUUCCACGUCAACGGCUUCUCCGGGGGCGUGCUGCAGGCCGUGUUCUGGUGCUACGCGCGCAUGGAGGUCUGCGGCGCCAUCAUCUCGGGCGGCGCGGAGAGCACGGUACUGGCGCUGCAAUCGUGGGUGCCAGCGGCUCCGGGAGCGCUUGCUGCUGAGGCGGACGAAGAUUUAUUUGUGCGCAGUGCGUUUGCCCGUAGUAGCUUGGAGAAUAGCGACAUGCAUGCGAAUUGGGCCGUGUACCUGUGUGCCAAGGCGUGUGAUUUGCUGUACAGGAGCACGCGUGCGACGGAGCGGCGUGAGCCUGGGCAGCAGGACAGCAGUCCGUUUGCGGUGCAGUGGAGGGCGCUCUGGGGGGACCUCGAAUUUUGGUUCCAGUCACGCCCAGACAGCUCGCUGCCGACUCUCGUGUCAGAGGACAGCGGCCAGACGUUUCCCACCAUUCUCUACGCGCACUGGCCGGCCAUCUCGUCCAAUCAGGUGUACCAUGCCACGUGCCUCAUCAUGCUCGACAUGCGGCCGCGGGACGAGGCUGUGCCGUCGCCCGAGGGAUCAGCCGCGUGGCACGCACGCCGCGUGUGCGGCAUCUCCUUGACGAACCCGCACCGCGCCAGCCUCAUCAACGCCAUCCAGCCGCUGUAUCUGGCCGGCAGGCUGCUCACGCAUACCGCCGAGCACAUUGCCGUCGGGCGCUUGUUCAAGAUGAUUGAAGAAACAACGGGCUGGGGGGCGCUCUGGCGGCUGCGGGAUUUGGAAAUUAUUUGGGGGUACAUGCCUGGCGAAAUCCUGGCUGCGAUGGGCUGA